GAACCAAAGUGCCGCGCGCGACGGACUCCUUAGGUUGAGGACACUUCCGCCUCCUCGGCCGGACUGACGUCGGGAGUUACCUUCUUUUCAGAAAGAUAGAAGAAGCCAGCAGACAUGUACUGAUACAGGCUGUCAGAGACAUGCUCAGUUGGGACACAGCUUCCCAUAAAGACUCUCCAACCGCAUGUCAGAAGUAAAGGAACACAGACAACAUCACAUUAAACAGAACAUCUUCUCCCUGAGCAACGAGAGUGGAGCUGCAGAAUGAAGCAAGAGGAGCCACAGCCCCUCCAAAUUAACGUGGAAGACAAGGCGCCACACUUUGAAAAUGAAAAGGAGUACAUUAAAAAGGAAGAGGAGGACUCGCUGAAUCCCCAUUUUAAAGAAGAAGAGGAGGAACACAGCAUCGGUCAGGAGGGGGAUCAGCUUGAAUGGUUGGAGGAGUUCUCAGUGACUGGUGUCCCUGUGAAGAGUGAAAAUGAUGAGGUCAAAUUGUUGGAGGAGUUCCCAGUGACUGGUGUCCCUGUGAAGAGUGAAGAUGAUGAGGUCAAAUGGUUGGAGGAGUUCUCAGUGACUGGUGUCCCUGUGAAGAGUGAAAAUGAUGAGGUCAAAUUGUUGGAGGAGUUCCCAGUGACUGGUGUCCCUGUGAAGAGAGAAGAUGAUGAGGUCAAAGGUGAGCGUGAGGAGAAGAGAGAGGCGGAGCCUCCGAGCAGCAGCUCAACAGAAGCUGAUGGAGACCACUGUGGAGGAUCACAAGCAGACAAGCUCUUAGCUCCACUAUCAGAUAGUGAGGACACAACGUCACACUCUCCUGACACUGAUGAUGAAGACUCUAAAGAUGAUAAGACACGUCACACUGACAACACACACCUGACGUGUUCUCACUGCGACAAAACCUUUAGUUACCAUUGUCGCCUGAAAACACACAUGAGAAUGCACACCAGAGAAAAACCUUUCCCCUGCUCAGUGUGCGGUAAACACUUUGCACGAAAAGACGUGUUGAAAGAACACACGAGAACGCACACUGGCGAAAAACCUUUUACCUGCUCAGUCUGCGCUAAAGGUUUUGUAACAAGUACGAAUUUGAAAGUGCACAUGAGAAUGCACACCAGAGAAACACCCUUUUCUUGUUCAAUGUGUGGGAAAGGCUUUGUAACGAGUACGAAUUUAAAAGUACACGUGAGAAUGCACACCGGAGAAAACACUUUUAGCUGUUCAAUCUGUGGUAAAGGUUUUUUUCAAAAUCACGAUUUGAAAAGACACAGGAGAAUGCACGCCGGUGAAAAACCUUUUACCUGUUCGAUCUGCGGCAAAGAUUUUGUGCAAAGUCAAUAUUUGAAAGUACAUAUGAGGAUACACAGCGGUGCAAAACCUUUUUCUUGUUCAGUCUGUGGUAAGGAUUUUGUGCGAAGUCAGUAUUUGAAGGUACACAUGAGAAUACACACCGGCGCAAAACCUUUCACUUGUUCAAUCUGCGGGAAAGGUUUUACGCAAAGUCAAUGUUUGAAAAAUCACGUAAGAGUACACACAGGUGAGAAAGUGUUGAGUUGCAGUGUGUGUGGUGAAAGAUUCUCCUAUAAGUACCAGUGUAAGAAACACAAGUGUGCUGGUGAGAACAGCAGCAGAAAAUGAAGAUGCAGGAUUUGAAAUAAUCUCCCUUUUUUGUUAACUUUGACUUUCUAACCAAAUCAGUACAUACAGUACAGGCCGAGAGUUUCUACACACCUUCUCAUUCAAUUUGUUUUAUUUUAUUUCAAUGACUAUUUACAUUGGAGAUCAGGCCUGGGCAAUUAUUUUGACUCCGGGGUCACAUUUAGAGAAAACAAUGUGUCUGGGGGCCAGUAUAUUUAUUAUUAGGGACACUAGUACAAAACCUCGAAAUAAUGUCUGAUUGAAUGAUAAAAACGUUCUGACAGACCGCCUUAAAAAAACGUAAUGGAAUUUUACAUUUUUCUAUGAACGAUAAAACACUGAAUAUUGACAAAAUAUGAAUGUAGUGUGAAUGUUGUUCGUCUAUCUGUGUUGGCCCUGCGAUGAGGUGGCGACUUGUCUAGGGUGUACCCCGCCUUCCGCCCGAUUGUAGCUGAGAUAGGCGCCAGCGCCCCCCGCGACCCCGAAAGGGAAUAAGCGGUAGUAAAAUGGAUGGAUGGAUGAAUGUCACACUCCCUUUCGAUCGACAUAUUUUACAAUCAAGUGAAACGCAAAAAAAAUGCAACAAACAGUGAAAUAGGAAUGUAAAGGUUACAAAAUAAACCCACCUACAAUCUAUAUAUCUGAUAUAUCACUAUGCUUUAGAACUUUGUUGUGAAAAUCUCCUCUCGUGUCUGUAUAAAGGCUUCCCGCCUCGUCUGAGCUGCUGUGGCGUAGAUUACCAUGUUAACUAACAAGAUUACCAGAGUAACUGGUAUAUCAUCCGUAAGCGCAGAUUCCAACCAUUGAAACACUUUGUGUAGUUAAAGACUUACGGUCAUAAGAAAACAUCACUGUACAUAAUAAUGUCAGCUACACUUUCCAUCUUAAAGGGGAACAUUAUCACAAUUUCAAAAGCGUUAAAAACAAUUAAAAUCAGUUCCCAGUGGCUUGUUUUAUGUUUCGAAGUUUUUUUCAAAAUUUUACUCCUCCCGGAAUAUCCCUAAAAAAAGCUUUAAAGUGCCUUAUUUUCGCUAUCUUCGAAACCACUAUCCAUUUCCCUGUGACGUCAUACAGUGCUGCCAAUACAAACAACAUGGCGGUUACCACAGCAAGAUAUUGCGACAUUAGCUCGGAUUCAGACUCGGAUUUCAGCGGCUUAAGCGAUUCAACAGAUUACGCAUGUAUUGAAACAGAUGCGCGGAGUAUGGAGUCGGAUAGCGAAAACGAAAUUGAAGAAGAAACUGAAGCUAUUGAGCGAAUAGCUAUUGACGCUAUUUGGCCAUCGCAUUGGGUGUACCUAAUGAAGUGGCCCCAAGCAUGGCUGCCUUAUUAGCAUCGCCGGUAAAAUUUGCGGACCAAACGAUCAGGACUUUCGCAACUUGUGACACUGGAGCAACUUAAAUCCGUCGAUUGGUAAGUGUUUGUUUCACAUUAAAUGUGGGUAUCUAGUUUCAAAUGUACAUACAGCUAGCGUGAAUAGCAUGUUAGCAUCAAUUAGCAUAGCAUGUUAGCAUGGAUUAGCUGGCAGUCAUGCUGCGACCAACUAUGUCUGAUUAGCACAUAAGUCAACAACAUCAACAAAACUCACCUUUUUGAUUUUGUUGACUUAAUCGUUGCAAAUGCAUCUGCAGGUUAUCCAUACAUCUCUGUGCCAUGUCUGUCUUAGCAUCGCCGGUCAAAUGUGAAGACACUCUAGUACAUUCAAUGGGGGUCUGGCGGCAGAUUUCUUGCCAGUGGUGCAACUUGAAUCCCUCCCUGUUAGUGUUGUUACACCCUCCGACAACACACCGACGAGGCAUGAUGUGUCCAAGGUUCCAAAAAAUAGUCGAAAAAACGGAAAAUAACAGAGCUGAGACCCGGUGUUUGUAAUGUGAAAAUUAAUAUGGCGGGUGUGUUACCUCGGUGACGUCACCUUCUGACGUCAGCGCUAAAAGAGCGAUAAACAGAAAGGCGUUUAAUUUGCCAAAAUUCACCCAUUUAGAGUUUGGCAAUCGGUUAAAAAAAUACAUGGUCUUUUUUCUGCACCAUCAAGGUAUAUAUUGACGCUCACAUAGGUCUGGUGAUAAUGUUCCCCUUUUAAGAUCAUAAAAAAAAACUUUGAGAAUGUCCGGCGGGCCAGAUUGAAAAGCUCAUCGGGCCACAUGUGGCCCCCGGGCCUUAAUUUGCCAAAGUUUGUUGUAGAUUGUCACUGAAGGCAUCAAAUCUAUAAAUGAACACGUGGAGUUAUGUACUUAAGAAAAAAAAGGUGAAAUAACUGAAAACAUGUUUUAUAUUGUAGUUUCUUCAAAAUAGCCACUCUUGGCAUUCUCUCGAUAAGCUUCAAGAGUCUCCAAAAAUGGUUUUCACUUCACAGGUGGGCCUCAUCAGGGUUGAUUAGUGGAAUUUCUUGCUUUACCAAUGGGAUUGGGACCAUCAGGUGUGUUGUGAAUGAGAAGGCUGGCGCAAGAACAUGGUGCAGAACGUCGCUACCUCGUACACCCUCAUCGGCGGGAUUUCCAACACUUCGGCCACCUUGUUCAUGACGGUGAUGGGAACACAUCCAAAAUGUGUUUAUUUUUUUAUUAAAUCAACAUAAAAAACACAAUAUACACUUACAAUUAGUGCACCAACCACAAAAACCUCCUUUUUUACGACAAAAACGUCCCUUUUUCAUGACAAGUUAUUAAGCGUUGACCGGUCCGCGGAUACAAAAAGGUUGGG